CAAAACAAAUUUUGUUUAUCAAUACUCUUUGCUCCUCAUAAGCCCCCCCCCCAUGAGAUAGACAAUCAUACAUUUUUGGAGUCAAUAUAACAAAAAUGGACAACCAAAGAUUCCAGGUUAAAAUUAAUUUAAAAUUAGAAGCUGUUACUUGUCCCGGCGUUUGGCUUUGCAGCCAUGGCUAUUUAGAGGUCACUAUUAAGGCCUUGGGUUAUUUUUUUCGUACCGGCGCUAUGGAACCCUAUUUUCCUUUACUGUGUCAUGAUCAUUUUAAAAUGGAAGGAUAUUUCAAAAAUUCCCCCUCUCUAGGACACCUGAUAAACAACUUAUCCAAGGAAUCUUUGGAAAUAACUCUGUGGCAAAAUGGCCGCCGUUUGGCUUACUAUCAGGGAGUAAUAAUGGAUUUGUUACAAUACAUAGAGCCACAAUUACAAUGUCCCCACAGCAAUACCCGGCAAAUAUUAAUGAAAACUACACCAGCGUUUCCGGGUAUUUUAUCACCCAAAGUGGAAAUAACUACCGAAAUCUCUAUUAAAGAUAAAAUUUUAAAUUUAAACAAUAAUUCCAAAGACUUAAGAAAUUGUACGCAAUUUUUAAGAAAACCUCAAAGCCAAAAACAAAAAUUAUCUAAAGAUAUUAAACCUAUACUUUAUCAAAGACCUUGCACACAACAAACUAUUAGAUCUUAUGACUGUUUAGAUAACCCCAGCCAGAAACGUAAACAGCGAACAGUUUGUCACACCAGAGACUUUAAGGAAGCCAUAAUAAAACCUUCUCCCGAGUCAGUUUACUCAAAAUCAACUGGACGUCGUGUUUCUAUAGCCUCUAGUUGUUCUUCAAAUAAUACACAUACUUCGGUGGGAAUUUGUGAUAUAGAGCCUGAUUUGCAUUCGGAAAAGUUUGAUGAUCAUAAUCAUGAAAAAUUUUGUGAAUUAUGUCGUUUAUAUAAGGAAGUUUUUUUACAAUAAAUAAAUAUUUUAAACAAA